UAGGUUAUGUUUUGUAUGUUCUGUAGUUUUAUCAACAUGAUUGCAACCACAGGUGUAAUUACCAUUAAAUAAUCAGAAUUAAGUGACGAUUACUGUCGAUAGAACCUCGUGUGAUAGUUAAAAAUGUCAUCUGCUUAUGAUUUCAAAAAGGAAGAAGAUGUAAAAACAUUCAUUAAAAAUCUUGGAAUCGAAUACAGAUAUGGAUGCUAUAGAGAGAACAACCCUGAAGCGUGUCAUCUGCUAGGUGACUACCUUGAAUCGGUUGAAAAAAAGUCAGAACAAGCGAGUGAAUUGUACAAGAAAAAUUGUGAUGAAAAUAAUUAUGGUCACAGUUGUCGCAAGUAUGGAGCCUACCUUAUCAAAGGCGAAAAAAUAGAUAAUCCAGCUCAGCUAGCUUUGUCAACCGAAUAUUCAAGUAAAGGCUGUGAUCUAGGUCGGUUGGAUUCUUGCGUACUGGCAGGAAGGUGUGGUAUUAAACUCAUCGAGAAUAAGGAUAAAUCUGCUCCGGAAAGCGCAUAUUCCAAGUACAUCGACUACCUGGUGAAAAGUUGUGAAGUAGAACACAGCAAACAAGAAGAAGGGUGCUUUGCUUUGGGUUCCUUCUACUUGAACAUGCUCAACUUCAAAAAAGCAGUAGAUCCACUGCUAAGAGCCUGCGAAAUGGAGAAUCCCUAUGCUUGUGCCAAUCUGAGUGUCAUGUAUCGUAAAGGUAAUGGAGUGGUGCCAAGUCCAGAAUUGGAGGAAAAGUACAAAGUAAGAGCCAAAGAGAUUUGGAAAGAUAUGAGCAAAGAAAGACCCAGAACAAAAUUCCAAGAAGGGCUUGAGACCAGUUGAAAUGUGCUAAUUAAGGAAGUUUGUAGAGUCAUAAGUGUCAUGUUGGACAAGCAAGAUCAGAUCAACAGACUAUUGACCUAGGACAACUUUAAAGCUGCAUUUAUAGUGAGUAGACUCAAUUUGAUCAUAUUUGACACAUAUUCGAUUUGACUGAGACACGUAAAAUCAGGGGUGCAGAAUCUUCCAAGCUUCCACAUUUUCACGCAUCCGCCCGCCGGCUUUUCACAUUUUUCUCAUCGGUGUUUCACAAAAUUUCAAAAGUGAGGACCUUUUUAUUAUUCUUUCGUUUGAUUUUUGACUUUUGAUUUUCCUCUCAUCACAUUUGUAAGGUCCUUUCCACAUUUUCACAAGUCCGGGCAAGCCUGUGAUGGAGUAUUUUCUGCACCCGUGGGUGAAAUCUGUAAAGAAACGGGUACAUCCAAUCUAAUUUAGAGGGAUGUACAUGCCAUGUAUCAACUCUUAGUUUAUGGGAGCUAUCGAUUCUUCCUCAGAUACCUUCUGCACUGAAGUAAGAGUGCUUCAUGUCUUAUUUCACCUGAGUUUUGAGCACAGAGCCUUGAUACGCGAAUCGAUACGAUUAAAUUUGAUCAUACUAAUUACAACUAUGUCUGAUUCAAGAGAGUAUAAAACCCCUUGUGUCCUGUUACCAGCAUCAAAUCGAAUCUGUGUUCAGUCUGACGGAGUCUGUUCAACGAAAUGCAGUCUUUCUGUGAGCUUCCAAUCAAAUAUUCAGUGUAGUCAAAAGUUAGCUGAGAUAGACUGGUUGACUCAUAAUACAUGUAUUAGGUCAGUCCACCACUUUUAUUGCAUGUUUUUACGAUUGUUGUAGUAUGACAUUGUUGUUUCAGAGUGGUGAAAGGAAA